AUGGACUACAGCAAUAGCUUCUCUUAUAAUGCUGAAGAGCUUUUAGACCCAUCAAGCCAAUUGUCUCAAAGGUUUCCCCAAGUGAGUCAGGUUCUUCGAGAUCGUCUAGGGGUAGCGUUUAGCAAACGGAAUAACGAGGAGUUCUCGAGGUGUAAUUGCCGGGACGAUUUAGGUCACAGAUGCGACAGCGAAGUGUUCCAACAAUAUAACCACACUUCUUAUGAUGAUUUCAUCCGUUUGAGUGCUGAUGGGAAGACCACUGCCAAGGCAGUAUGCCUUUGUCCGGACCUUAACGAGCGAGUGCAAAUAUAUGGAUUCAUAGGCGCAGGAACAUUUGGGGCCACGUUUAUUGCUCGCGAGAAAGGCGCUGCUGGGGCUUCCCUGGAGGACCUUGAACAAUACGCAAUCAAAUCUCAAGUCCACACAACACAGUGGAUGGACAGAAUAUCAGGUGUAAAUGCUCAGAUGGCGGCCUUUUGUGAGCCUAGCGGGGAGAAACGAUAUAUGCCAGAAGAAGCACUCCUUCUGAUCUAUCUCGACGACAGCAAAAGAUUCCCGCGGCUCAACUCGGUCUAUACUCACGGUAUGCUAACAGCAAUUCUCAUGACCCCCUGUGUUGACCCUAGCUAUGAAGCCAUUUCAAUUAUUGAUGAGGAUCAUUUUCACAGGAUCAAGUCGAAGGGGCCAAUACCGCCGCGCAUCCGGAAGAGAUACCCCCCGUUUCCAGCCUUUGAUGGCAGCUAUCUCAUGUCCGCAUCCACCAAAGAACCUCAACUGGGGGAAAUAGAAGGCAGUAAAGUGGCUUCGCAGCUUCUCCAAGCUAUGAUAGAAUUAGCUGAUAUGAAGGUCUGCCAUGCUGAUAUCUCAGUGACAAAUUAUCUCAUGGACCAAAACCUCAACGUUCAACUAAUCGAUCUUGGAAUGCUCACCUUCUCGCUUGAUAGCACGGAUAUAUUCAACUUAGACCACUUUAUUCCCUACCAAGAGUACCAGAUGAUGCCUGAGCGAGCCAUUGAACUGGAGAAGUACGACAUUUGGAGGGAUCCAUCCCACGAUGAUGUCUGUAUCGAAAGUAUCCACUUGCCUGUUGACCAACGGGAAGUUUGCCUGUGGAAAUAUUCAACACUCGUUUACGGGUUUCUGCAUGGCUUCUGGCCCUGGGAUGAGCCUAAGCCAGUGCCGAGACAUUUGGAUUGGCAUGCUAGGUAUGAUGGUCCUUACAAUGACCCGUUCUACCCAGUAGUCAAACGCAGGCGCAAGAGAAUGAUCAACGAGGAUGCAGCAAUCAGCGAAUCACUCUCACAGGACUGCAGGGAUGUGUUACAAGCCACAUUGUCUAGAAAAAAGUCCGAGCGGCCGUCGUUGGAAGAGUUAUCGUCAUUUCCUUGGUUUUCUCGCUGGUCUGCUGAAGAACUUGAGUCUGGUCGCCCUUUGAAAAGACCCUUUGUCAAGGAAUUUCAUAAUAGAAACCGUGCAGAUGGUCGAAGGGGUUUCACAUGGCCAAGUAUAUCACUGGACCAAGAUAUGUCGUUCCCGAUCCUUAACAGCCCGAAAAAUAAUCCUUCUGCUUCCUCUGAAUACUGUUCUAGUUCUUCUGGUUCUUCCGAUUAUUCUACAUAUUCUGAUGCAUCUGAUAACAAUGGAUACGAGGAGGUUCCUCCUCAAGAAACAUCGCCUUGA